UAAAUCGCGAGUGUGGAAUGAAUUUACGAAACGAUAAUUGGUAGAGCCGGAUUACAUCACAAGUUCACAACAAACAAAAAAGACGAAGAAUUGUAGCUUAACCAAAAAGUUCCCCUUACCUACUCCAUCAAAUAAUGGCUGGUUAGAAACCAUCUAUCCAUUAAUCAAUGAUCUCAAUGAGCAAUUUAAUGCUUUCACGCUUUACUACUCUAAAAAUGGCGGAUCGCAUCUUUGCUCUCACCUUCUUCAUAAUAUCAGGACUUAUCAUCUGCUACGCAAUCUUAUCAAUAUCACACAACUUCACUGAUAAAAAUCCCAUCAGGGUUGCAUCUGACGGUCUACAUCACUUCCAAUCCUCUGCUCUCCCUUCUAAAUCCCCCAGUUCCACUAUCGAAGCCAUCUAUCAAUUUGGAGAUUCGAUUUCUGACACUGGUAACUAUAUACGAGAAAAUCCAAACUCUAGAUUUGCAAAGCUUCCAUACGGACAAACUUUCUUCCACAAGCCGACCGGUCGUUGUUCUAAUGGACUCCUCAUGAUUGACUAUUUCACCAAGUUUUUGAACCUGCCAUUCCUGGACCCUUAUCUUAACAAAGACGGUAACUUUAGUCAUGGGGUGAACUUUGCUGUUGCUGGAGCAACUGCACUCAACACUUCCAUUUUGGUUACGAAACACAUUGUGUCUAACUCCACCAACAGUUCUUUACUUGUGCAGCUUGAUUGGUUCAAAUCUCAUCUUAAUUCCAUUUGCUCUGAUCCAUCUGUUUGUAAGCAAAAAUUGGCAAAGGCACUUAUCAUGAUGGGUGAAAUAGGAGGAAACGACUACAAUCGGGCAUUUUCCCAAGGGAAACCAAUUAUCGAAAUCUAUAAAACAGUGCCUGAAGUUGUUCAAAUUAUUAAAUAUGCCAUAAAGGAAGUUAUUAAUCUUGGUGCCACUCGGAUAGUUGUCCCAGGAAACUUUCCCAUUGGUUGCAUGACGAUCUAUCUUAAGAUGUUUAAAACAGACAGCUCGAGAUUGUAUGACGAGCUCCAAUGUCUGAAAAGUUUGAAUAAAUUUGCAAAAUUUCAUAAUAGUAAAUUACAAGAAGUUAUUGGAGAACUUCAAAGCGAGUAUCAAGAUGUUUCAAUAGUGUAUGCAGACUAUUUUUUGGCCAUGAAAGAGAUUCUCAAGCAUGCUACUUCCCUCGGGUUUGAUAAGGACACAAUGGAAACGCCAUGUUGUGGUACUAAUGAAGACGAUAAGCCUAAUAAAGAUUCCCAUAUAGUAUGUGGAAGAAAAGGAGUUGUUGUAUGUGAAGAUUCUAACAAACAUGUGAAUUGGGAUUCAGUACAUUUGACUCAACAUGCUUACCAUAUUAUGGCGAAAUUGUUAAUUAAACGUAUUAAUAUUUGGGACUAAAGUUAUUUUUUCCCUUUUUAAUAACUUUUGUCUAUGCACAGUUUGUGGAGUGUAUAUGGUACUCAAGUUCUUACACAAAUGUAUGUUCUUUUGUAAGAGUUGUUUAUCUAUUUUGUAUCGCCUCCAUAUAAUGUUACCAAUCACAUAUUGUAAGCUAAGAAAGAAUAAACUCCAUAAUAUAGAAAGAAUAGAGAGAAUAGAGAGAAGAAUUUAAGUGUUUGUUAUAA